AGUAACAUCGUAAACGAGGACCACCUGACGGUAAGGCCGGACUAAAUGGAAGCAGCAGAGAAAACUCUCACUUACCGAGAUGACACCGGAUUUAAAACAAAGCUGCUCACACAAGACAAGAACAUCAAGGACAAGCCGAAAAUUAAGGACCACGUCAAUGACACAAACAGCAACGAGUCGAACUAUGUGGAUCUGGACAUGAAACCUGACGGCCCGAAAACGGUGAAAGUGACUUUCACUGGAGAGGGAAACCAGCUCUCUGUGAUCAAAUGCGACUUGUCAAAGCAGGAGAAGAAAGUCACGUCAGAUGAAAUUAUUGAGGAGCGAUCAGAAGACAAGGGGGACACCGUUCCCCAGCCCGUUUUGGGUGAGUCAACGUUGGAAACUCUGACCAAAACUCACAGCACUGAUCAAGGCGCGGAGAAUGAGAAGCCGCGUCAGGCGGAGCUCGACCCGAGUGAUUGCAGUGAACAUGUGUGUAGUGAGAGCGAUGAGCUCCAGUACACGGACAUGUAUCUAAACAGUAAGACAGAGUCCGAUGACAGUACCAGCGCCGUGCUGUCCGACCAUUGUGGCUCUGACACCGUGGAGGACGAGUCCCACUACAUAACCACGCAUGAAAUCCAGCUGACCGAGCUCGACCACGACGUCGAUUACGACCUAGGGCGAGGGACCUGUUGGGAAUUUGAAGACGACAACUUGGUUUAUUCUUUUGUGGAUUAUGCUUCAUUUGAAAGCGAUGAAACCCACGAGGGGACUUUGAUACUGGAGGACAGGAGCCAUGCAAAAGUCCAGUCUAAUCUUGGUGAAGCAGUUGUCAGCACUGAGCAGGAGGAGAGUGAUCUUUGUGACUCGGACAAAUGCGCCAGCUCAGAUGAAAGUGUGUGCAAAAACCAAAGCGGAGACUGUAACACAGGAAAAAUUCACUUAUCAAUUAAAACAUCUUCCAGAGCGGUGACCGAUCCUGUCAGUUUAUUCGACAACAGUAACCUUGGAUACACAAAACAUUUUGCAGACAGGAGUCAUUUCUCUUUUGUGAGCUCUGGCGCCAGAGCGGCCCCCCUGUGUGAUAGAAGCCAAUAUUUCAUCCCUGCUCCGGGACGUCAGCACCUUGCAACCAAACUGAGACGGAAAGAUAUUAAUGAGUAUUCCAGUGGAGCGUCCAGCUCCAUCAGUGAAUUGGACGACGCUGAUAAAGAGGUGCGUAACUUAACCGCCAAGUCUUUCCGAAGCUUGGCAUGUCCAUACUUUGAUGCCAUUAAUCUUAGCACAUCCAGUGAGUCCUCUGUGUCGGAAUAUGGGCUAAAUAAAUGGUCAGCGUAUGUAGACUGGAACUAUGGAAACGUAUCAAGGGGAAGAGAGCGCAGCGUGAUUGCGCACAAGACCUCCAGCGCAACUUUGGAGAUGAAUAAGACGGUAGAGACAGGUAGGGGACAUUGUGUGAAAGCUCCACAAACCAAGAUGUAUGCCCUUAACAAGAGGAAUGUUUCACAACAAGCAGCACCUUCUAGUAAAAAGAUCCAAAUGAAUGAACUGAAUGAGCCAGGGCACCGCGGAGUCACGUUGAAUUUUCGCUGUAAUGUUGAAUCUCACGAUGGACGCAGGGGUCCCAAGUGCCCCAAGAAGGACAGACUUAAUGAAGUCACUGGGACCGUGUUGGCGAGGUCGGGAUGUGAGAUGCAAUAUCACCACACAGACGAUACGGGGGACAUACACAAAAGAGCAAUUUUUGCAUCAAGUCUGUUAAAAAACGUGAUCUCCAAAAAGAUGCAGUUUGAGCAAGAACGCAAAAUGGAGAGGGGGGAGAUCUGUGACACACACCCUGUCCUCUCCCCCUGUUUCCAUACUAGAGAUCAAGAUGGCAUGAAGGAAAAAAAUCAAGGUAAAAGUAUCCAAAGACAAAGUUCUGAAUCAGGCUCAGCAUUUACUGUUAACUCUACUGAUGAUAAACACCUGGAGAGCGGCAGACCCAGUUCCAGUGGGCCUGCUGAGGAUUUGAUAGGCAACAAAGCCCCUGAUAAUGCAGAAAAGGGACAGGAAGAACCCCCGAAAGCACUGUUUACCCUCAAUCAAAACACUGCAUUUAAUUCAUUAAAAGAAGAUGAGCCACAACAUGUGAAGGAGGCUGAGCCUGCAUGUGUAAAUGAUUCACAGACCAUGGCCAAGGAAAGGUUAGACACCAGCAACAUGCUGACAAAACUGCUUUUUGUUCCAAGCUGCCAACUUCUUCCAGAAGACAGGGAUUUAACAGAGGAUUUGACACCACACACACCUGACACAGGUGCGCCUAGUGGUUCACAGAAAGAUGAAAAAGAGCUUAAAAAGGGCAGUGAUGGAAAUAUGCAAGGCAGAGAAGAAAAUAACAAGGGAGGAAAAACACCUGAGAUAAAAAUUUGCCUUAGAAGUGUGAAAGAAAACAAAGGCUGCACACUCAAUAUUGCCAAUCUCUUAACCCCUAAAAUAAAUUCAAACAUUAACACGCUCAGGACAGCAGAUGACAGCAAAUGCCACAUUUUGUCUGCAGCAGAUAAGGUUCCAAACUUUACUGUUCGAGACAUAAGAGAUACCAAGUGCAAGUUUCAAACACCAAUAUAUCAUGUUAGGGAUGUGCGGAAAUUAGUAAAAAGCUCAUAUCGCUUUGUUUCUCUAGAUAACAGUGACAGUAAAUGUUCAACAUCAGCUGAAAAACUUGAGGAAAAAGCUAAAGUGGAGUCAGGAAAACAUUUAUUACCAUCACCUAUUGUGAUUAAAUGCAACUCUGUUAAAACUAAUGCUAAAUCCCUUACCACGGAGGCAUCACAGAGACAAACAGAGGCAGACAUCCACCCUGAAACAUCCCAAAAUGAAAAUAAAUCUUCACAGUGUGUCACUAACCGUGUGCCCACUGCUAUAACUAAGCAGGGCAAUUCGGAUCAGUCUGAAAUUCAAACUAAUUUUGAGGCCAAACUGGAAAAAAAGAGACAGGACAAGUUUACAGGUGAGACAGCUGAAAGGAGAUCUGAGGCUGUAAUACCAAAACAUGAUGCGCUGGAGAAACUCAGAGCUGCAGUCAAAACGAUGGAGCAGCUUUAUGUUUUUGAUAAGAAGGAAUGGAAGCGUAAAACUCAAGCCCCGCACCCUGUCACAGACAGCCAUGUGCUAUCACUCAUUGCCAGUGAGGAGCAGGGAGCAGAUGAGCUGGAAACAACAAACACUGUAAGAACUCCGCAGUCUUUAGUUAACACUACAGAAACAGGGAAGCCACAAGAAGAUAAAAGAGCUUCAAAUACCAUACAUGUUCCAUAUAACCAUGACACUUUUAAAACACAAUCCCAACAAAGUAAAACUUUUACUAACAAAAGCAUCCUUCAUUUUGGCAAUAGGACCCGUGUCAGCAUUAAAUCUGAUAGUAAACCUGUUUCUGCUCUGAAAACAUCUUCGACUAUAAAAAACUUCAAGACACCGGUAGCUCCACUGUCGGUGAAAAUAGAGCCGCCUAAACAUGGCCAGGUGGAACAGGGAAAAGCCAAAAUCAGUCCCACUAAUCCCACUGUUACACAGGGCUGCUCAGAUUCCGAGAACUAUUUAACAAUGCCAGGGCUGGGGCAUGCAAAUGAAACAAAACUGUUUAAUCGAGAGCCUGACACAAAGGAGGGAACGUCAAGCUUCAAUAAAACUGAUGCAGGGGACUGCAAGGGGUCUGAGCAGAAGAAAUCUUUGAUCGCGGAGUACCCAGCUGCAUCUAUCUACCAUCGUUCAACAGCAGCAGAAAGUCCUCAAAAGCAACAGCAGGUGUUGUGUUUUUCUCCUCCCGUCCAAACUGUGUCACCUACACCCUCUGCUAGAGAUAUAGCCUCACAAAUCCAGCGCAAGAUGCUUUUGGACCCCACAACUGGACAUUAUUAUUUAGUGGACACUCCCAUACAGGCCACCACUAAAAGACUGUUUGACCCUGAGACAGGCCAGUAUGUGGAUGUACCCAUGCCUCAUUCUCCUGUGGCAUCUGUCACUCCUGUGCCACUCUCUUUGUCUCCCCUGGCUCUCAGUCCAGGAGUGUAUGCCCCAACCUAUAUGAUCUACCCAGGUUUUAUCCCCUCACCCACUUUAGCAGCCCAGGCAGUGAUGCCACAGUCCCCAUGUCACGCAGAGGAUGCAGCUGGAGAAAACAUGAAAAAGGCCAGAAGUCCUCAGCUGGAGAGCAGCACAGCAGGUGCAGAGAGUGCAUAUUACAGUGCAAUGGGAGAAGCUCAACAGGGGCCACUGUACUUACCAGUGAAUUUGGGACAGGUGACCACCAGAGGAAGUUUAGUAAGCUCUGAGAGAAAGCCACUUAUCAGCAUCACAACACAACAAGGUCCAAGGAUCAUUGCUCCACCAUCCUUCGAUGGAAAAACAAUGAGCUUCAUAGUGGAGCAUCGGUGACCAAGAGAAGAUGUCUUCAAAAGUAUAUCUCUGCUGAGGAAUCUGCCUUCAUUCAUUUUAAGUGCAGUUUUCAUCCCUGUGAUCUUCGCCCUGGACAACUUCUACCAUCACCUUAUGCUCAUGUCCUGUUCUGAUGUUUAACUUUGUUUUCUGUGUGCAUUGCAGCACUUUGUAGAUUUAAUAUUCAACCAUGUCCUCUGGCUGAUGUUCUGAUAUAAAUCGGCUUUGUAAUACUUUACAUUCAGGUGCUGUCUACUCUAACUUGUUUAAUGCUAUUUGUGCCCUGAAGUUUAUUCAAAAGGAAACAAGGCAGUUCUGUUACAAUAAAGUGUUGUUUAUUUUUGGCUAUGGUACCAAUUUAUUAAGAGUUUAACGUUACCAUAUCUAAAAUGAGAGUAUGGCUAUGUUCAGAAUGUCCACUUCUUCUUUCACUCAAUCACUUACAUAGUCAAGAACUCGCUACUGGGUGAGGGCAAACGGUUGUUGAUGGAUUUGGGACACUACUCGAAUGUAGUGCUAUUUCAUAAUCGCGUGCCAUAUCUUCAGUUACGUCAGAUAAGCAAAUGCUGGCAGGAAUGGUAAAUACCAAAUAUGACAUGAUGGGCAGCAGAGUAAAGCUGUUAGUGAUGAACAUAUUGCACUUCUCUCCCUGGCAUAAAACUAUAUGACACAAAUAUGUGUGCACUUGUAAUUUUGCAUUGUAUCCACAGACUACAGCUGUUAAUAAGUUUUUUUAAAAUUCCUAAUCAUAAUAACAGUGAAUGUCAUAACAAACAAAUUGUUGAUAAAUCGCUUUUAGAGUCACAACUAACCAAAUGCUGUAGCUCAAACACAAAUAUUUAAAAAGCAAGCUCUAUCACAACUUGCCUCUAAUUUGUUUACUUAAGUCUGAACUGAAGCUAGCUAGUAUGUUUAUGUAUAUUUCAUUAAGAUUUUCUCAAGCCCUUUUUGUCAGACAGAAAAGAAGUCUUACUACCACAAUGGCUGAACACUAUAUGCUCACAGGGCAUUCUCAGCAGCUCAGAAAAUCAUAGUAAUAAGCUGCAAACCUUAGCAUGAGCUAGUAUGUGCCAUGUGGCUAGCAUUAGCAUACUCCAUAUAUGCCACUUCCUGGCAGUUUCUUGUGCCAAGGUGCAAUGCAUAAUGGUCUAUGUCUACUGACAUUGUGUACAACAUCUGUUUGAUACUUUUUGUCAACCACGUGACAGAAAUGUAGUGGACUAAUAUAGUGAACAAGAUGAUUUAGUUGAAAUUUGGAACAGUGCAACAAAAUGGCUGACACACUGUGAAGUUCACUUUAUAGUAAACAAGUGGAUUUGAACACAGCAUAUGUUACUUUAACAAAAAAAAUAAAAUAAAAUAAAAACAUCAAAAUGAAAGACUUGAGUUAUAAAUGUCAGAACACGUUUUCAGACUUGUCAGAAAUAGGUGCUCCAUGCAUGGCAAUGCAAAAAAGAGAAGUUAAUGGCAAGAGCAAUUGGCUUUUCAAGGAGAAAAGAGAUUGGUGUCAGAAUUGGUCAGGCUAUUAGCUGAUGUUGGCUUGUCAAAUAUAUAUGGUUGUAUAUACUGUUCAAUAUGUAAAAAUGAACUUUUAUUACACAAAAUAAUGCAGAGAUGUUUUUUGACAUAAUUUAGAAAUUGUGUUACCAUUUAAUGUGUCUAGCAGCAAGAAAUCUACCAUUUACAGUUUCAGUACUGUCUGCACCACAUAUAAUGCAGCUCAUUGUGCAAACUCAAGAGGUAUCUCCACAAAUACAUAUAAAUAAAAAUAUCAGCUAAUAUAUUAGACAGAAUUUUUCUCUCCUCAAAAAUCAUAUUGGCAAUGACAGUCACUCUGCCAGACAUCUGAUGUCUGCAGAGGUAUUCCAGACUCCUUCAACUGGAAAGACAUCACAAAGCAGACUCAGAAUACUUUGAAGGAACUACAUACCAUAUCUGGCCUUGGAAUGCCUCAGGGUCCUCCAGGAAAAGUUGUGAAUGUGGCUAUAAGGAGACACAUUAUCUACAUUGCUUAUAGUCUGCUGCCAGCUGGACCGGUAGAGGAAAUGAACGGAUUAACGUCUGUAAAAUAAUUAGCAAGUUUUUACAGAUUCUAAACUAGAUCAGUUUGCUGUCAUGGAUCGGUGCUUUUUAACUUAUACAACCAGGAACUUUAGCUGUUUGGGGAAAUAAAAAGGAGUACAAUCAUUUAUUGUUUUCACAAUUAUCAAAGGACCGGGACCAUUUAUCUAGACUACAUUUUGAAUCACACCAAUUUUUUCCUGUCACAAUAAGCAAAAGAGGAUUAAAAUGUAAUAUUGUAUUAAUAUUUCAUAUUAAAACAUGAAAUAAGACAUAUUUUAACAAAAGUCAUGUAAAAUACAUCUGGCAUCCUAAGGUACAUCAUAUGUUAAUAACAUUUCCAUUUCAGUCCAUCACCACUUCGUCAUGACUCGCAAAAUUCUACCAACAAAGUUUAUGCGUGAUGUAAAGUAGUUGAUAUGGUGAGAGGAGAGAAGAAAAAAAAAAAAAAACACUGAGUGUUGCUCAGAUCAAACUGAGCUAGGACUCUGGUUAAAUGGUGUACUUAGUUCACUAUAAGCAGAGUUGGGCCCAUUAAGUCAGAGCCAGCUGAAACAUUUAGAGGAUAACGUCCUGUAUUUGCGCUGCUUCAGUUUACACUUUUGUGAAAUGAGAUGAGAGUGGACGUGUGCAUCUGAAUGUGGCCGUGAUCUAUGCGAGGCAUUUGAGCAUUCUGUGAGUACAACAAGGAGUUAUGUUACUUCGCUGCAGACAUGAUUACCCAGACUGUGCAUGUGUGAAGUGUGUCUUUACAUUUUACACACAGCUAUGCCAGUUCCUCUGGACCUCUUGUGUUUAAAACUAUCUGAGGUGAGAGUUUCACAAAAUUUAAAAGAUGCUGUUCAUCAGUAAAAGCCAGACAAGAAUUAAAGUUUAUUUCUUUAAUUACACAUUUUUGACAUUAGUUUCCUUUUUUUUCUCUGUCCUGUUUCCCUUUGAAUGUGCAAGGCUUUAUAUGCUAUUUUACAUGAUUCAGUCUUACCAACAUGUAUGACUGAUGCCCAUCUUAGAUUUGUGAGAUUUUUCUGUUAUUUGUUUGUUUGUUUUGCUUUUCUUUCUUUUCUUCUACUUUUUUCUUCUUCUUCUGUUCUUUUUUUUUUUCUUUUCUUUUUUUUUUCUUAGCAUGUUUCAGAUUAAACACAUAUGGUAUUUGGAGCUGCUGGUCAGUCUAUGUACCUCCAUGUAAAAUACAUUAUGUUUUGCCUCUGGGACAACAAUUAAUGUAAAUUUAUUGCCCCAAAAGUUGAUUUUGUUAUAACUGAUCAAUGCAGUGGUUAAGAAAAACUGUUGUUGACGUUGCCAAGUGGUUUGCAACUUGUGAUGCAUUUUGAAGUGCAAGCUUAAAUUCACGGGAAAAAAAACUAUGAGAUUAUCAAAUUUUUAUUGUUUUUUUUUUUUUUUAACUAUGUGUACAAAUAAAUAAAUAAAUACAAUUAGGGGAAAAUAUUCUUUUAGUAAUAACAGGUCCAAAAUCAGACAUAGUUUUGGAUAUAUUUUUAAAUAUAUGUCAAAAAUACCAAAGAUAAAAAAUAUAUUUACAUUCCCCUGAUUCCUUGUUUUAGCUCAUUUGUAUCUUAUAUUAAAACCUGUGAAAAUGUAGAUUAUAUAAGAAAAUAAUUAUAGUGUUUCGGAUCCAGUGGUCUUUUCCAGUUUGAGUGUAAAACAUUUUUUUAAAGUUCACAAUGAACAGUAAACUACUUAUUGCACUUAAAUUGCCACAGUUUCAUCACCAGCAACAGCUGUAAAUUCUGGUGAUAGAAACUCUGUGUGGACUGAAAAUUUUCAAUCUAUUUUAAUGUAGAAUUUAUCCUAAAGUUGCACUGAUACAAAGAUCUUAUUAUUAUUAUAAACUAUUCUGUAAGAUGGUGUUCAAAGAUUUAAUGACAUAUGAAUUGGAUAAGCCUAAAAAUAAAAUUAUGGCAGGAGGUCACUCCUGGAAAAAACCUACACAAAAAACUGCAUAUGCUUUUAAUGAUAGCAUUUAACAUGAAUAAUGUCAUAAUAUCUGGCAGGAUUUUUAGGUAAAAUAUGGGAAGCUGGUAGUAUCAGGGCUUUAUUUUGAUUAAGUAAGACGACUGAGUUGAGGUGAUGUUGAGAAGGUCUGAGAUAAGUGCAUAUGAUGUGUUAUUGUUUUGAAAAAAGAGGGAGUGGGGUGUACAUGUUUGUUUUAAAUGUCCUAAUGGCUAUAAAGUUAUAUGGUACACACUGGUUUGAUGAUGCUGUGGGGCAUGGCAGAGAUUGGGAUGCAGCGGAGGGACAUCUGGAAAGGAGAAAUUAGUGCUGUGGUUGCAUUUACAAUACUGAAUGUACUGGGAAGGAAUAUCAUGAACGAGUGUAAUGUAGACUGACAAGCCUACGUAUGUUUGCAAUAAAUUCAGAAUACAAGCCACUGAACAUUUCUGUCCAUGAGAAUUGGUUUUAGGUCAACUUGUGAGGAUAUUAUCAAGGAACAAGUCAUGAAAAUGUUUCAUGUUUCUUUAGAGAGCUUGUGGUUUAGGUUACGAAUGCUUUUUAACAUGAAAGGCUUUUACAGAAGUCCUUCAUUAGUAAGCAGAUGUUUAAUACUUGAUUAAUUACUGUUUCAUUAAUGUAUUCCGAGAUGUAUUUGUAUUUUAUUAAUGUGUCCAGGGAUUAAAAAAAAACACACACACUUUUA